UAGAACAUUCUUUUGACCGCAAAGAACGAAGGCCACACUUGAGAAGUGUGACAGUCUACCUAUUAUCUUUUCAUUCAGCUCGAUGACAUGCACAUUUCUAGAUGGCUGAGAUUUUAUUCUUGGGAACGUCUUGAAUGCUGAUUAAGAUUUUGGUACCGGAUCAGGGAAUCAGCACUCAUUGUUUGUAAAGGAUGAUGAAUCGCUAUUGGGUGGUGUGGACGGGAGUGCUGGUGCUUAUAACUGUGGAUUUCUGGGUCUCUUCGGAUGAUUCGGGGUCUCCACACAAGCCCUGGUGGGAUAAUAAUGGACAAGUAAAGAACAAUGCUGAAGAAGCAAGGCAUCACCUUUUUAAAAAGUACUGCGAAUCUAUGCACAAUAAGGACUGUGACCGUGGUCACUAUAGAGAAUGGAGAGGAGCGCAUAAGGGACUGUGUGUGCCGUGCAACUGCAACGGUCUGUCUGGUGAAUGUGACCCGCAUACAGGAAAGUGUCUGAACUGCCAGUUCAAUACAGCAGGUGACCACUGUGGAUGCUGUAUGGAAGGUUACUAUGGCAACGCUGCUUUGAGAACCUGUAGUAUGUGUCCGUGCCCCUUCACAGAGCCAUCUAACAGUUUUGCUAUCGGAUGUCUGAGGGCUGGAGAUGAGUUUGAAUGUCUGUGUAAACCUGGUUACUCUGGGACUCGAUGUGAAAGGUGUGCGGUCGGAUACUAUGGCAACCCUUUAGCAGAGAGAGGAAGCUGUCAACCAUGUAACUGUGACCAUGCUCACGUAUGUGACCCGCUAACAGGUGAUUGUUAUGAAGCUGAUGACCCAGACACUGACAUAUGCUUAGAGUGUGAUGACUGUGUUGUUAAAUUAAUGGAUGAUUUGGAGGCAAUGGACACUGAGUUUCUCUCAUUGAAGAAUCAACUGGAGCCGGUUCGUCUGAAUGCGGCUUUAAUCGCCGCACUGCAAAAACUUGAAGAUGCCACUUCUGGGACAACGGUUUUGGUGGGUAAAUAUACAGAAUCUGUCUACACGUUGAAACUGAAGAUGGAAGAAUUUGAAACUGAUGUCGAAAAUGUCAAAGAUGAUCUUAACGCUCUCGAUGACAAGGCGAUUCAGGCUUCAUGUUCUGCAGUUCAACUGCUGAAGACUCUUGACAAAACCUAUCAACAGGGUAACAACCUGCGUUCUGACAGUGUGAACCUCUUACGAAAAAUCCUAGAAUUUUUGGAAGAGCAGAAGCACUCAAACCAAACAGGUGGCAACACAGAGGAGGCUAGGAGGAUGUUAAAAGAAGCCAGACGGAUGCUGGAGGAGAUGAGAAGACAGAACUGCAAGGUUCAAAGGGAGCUGGCUAAGGAAGAACUCGAAAAAGCAAAAUCACUCGUUGACUUCAUCAUGAAGAACUUUAUGGUUCCUCUAAAUGGCUCCUUGAUCUCGGCUGACCGUAUUGGACAGAAUCUAAUGGAUCUGGCCACUGGUAUUAGAGACUUACAAGAGGCUCUCAUAGAUGCAGAUCUUGAUGUGAUGAAGGCUAAUGAUGUGAACAAAGACAACGAGGCUCAACUCGAAAAUAUUUUGAAACAUUUAAAUGUACUGGAGAAAGAGCGAAAAAACGUCAUUGCUAACGUGAACAUGACCAGAAGGACACUGAACGAUAUCUCGGAUCUUCAAAACAUGAUGGAGGACUUAACAACGGAAAUGUCACAACUUGCAGCUCAGGUCGACGGCGCAAAAGAACAUCUGAACAGAAAACUUGACCUACUCUCUCAAGCCACAUCCAAGGCGGCGAUCGUCAGACGGGCCGAGGAGCACGCUGAAGAUCUCAUGAAUCUGGCUAUGGACUUCCACAUGGCCAUACUGAACGUCACCAACUCAUCCGCUGUUCAGAAUGCAAUCGAAGCCAUCAAUGUAUUUACUGAUGUCAUUGAUGCCAUAAGGGUGGCGGAGGCUGCAGCCAAUCGGGCUAAAGAGUCAGCAGACAAGGCGCUCAAGGAGGUACAAGGACAAGAUCUACAAAAGAAAGCCGGUGAAUUAAAGGAUCUUGCAAACUCUCUGCUAGACGAUGCCAAAGAUGCACAGAUACAGCUACAAGGUGUGGCUCAGAAAUGUGAAGCUCAUAAAGACUUGAUCCAACAGGCUGAAGAUAAACAGAACCUGCUGCGGCAAGCCAUGCGAGAUGAGCUGCAGAAGCUGAGCAACAUCAAACGGGAUGAUAUUGGUGCCCUUAUCAGCGAAGCCAAAGAAGCGGCUUCUGAUGUCAACGGCACAGUCAGCGACGCAUUAGCCCGAAUACACAACAUUAGCGAAGAACUCAACAAAACCAGAAUUUCCACCCAAGACUCGAACCUAAACAACAUCCUUAGUGAUGUCAACAAAACACUGACAGAACUGGAUCAGUCUUUCCCUUCACUCAUUGAUAAACUCCAAGAAGUGGAGAAUCAAAGCGAACAUGUGUCGAUUCCAGCCAACAUGUCCAGCAACCUCCAAAGAAUCAAAGAUCUGAUCGAGAAGACCCGAGACAUGGCCAACAGAGUCAGAGGACCAAUCUUUUUCUCUGGGAAAUCUUACAUUGAACUUCGACCUCCUGAAGACAUCGAAGACCUGCGAGCCUUCACGGCUCUCAAUCUUACGCUGCACCGGCCGGUACCUCGGGGUGACGGAAAACGAAGGCGCAGACAGACGGACGAAGGCGACAACUUCUUCGUUCUUUACCUUGGAAAUAAGCACACAUUUGAGGAUUACAUUGGCCUUGUUGUGAGGGACGGUGUGCUGUUUUGUGUCUAUAAACUGGGUGGGAUCGUGCAUGAGAUCAAGACCAGUGAAAUCACACAGUCAAGCAACGAAAAAGCCUUCAUGGAUAGGGUGGAUUUUCGCAGAGUUUAUCAAGAUGCACAGGUUAUAUUCACAAAGACCUUCACUUCAUCUGAACCUUUACAACUACCUCCCAUGACAAAUCAGGCUAAAACCACUGUUGGAUUACUUACUCUUGAUCCCGGUGAUGUCGUUUUAUACGUGGGUGGAUACCCGGGUAAUUUUACGCCGCCAGAAGAACUCCGGUACCCCGGAUACAAGGGCUGUAUCGAGUUUUCAACAUUAAAUGAUCGCAUCCUGGGUUUAUACAACUUUCAACAUGCUGUCAAUAUCACAAACAAUGACAAAUGUCUACGGGGAAAUGUUCAGGAACUGGGGUAUUAUUUUGACGGUACCGGUUAUGGAAAAGUUAACGUAUAUAGCAGAAACACAGUCAUAAAUUUCGUUGUUCUGAGUCAUCAGAUGGAUGCCAUACUUUUUUACAUGGAAAACAAGAACGCUUCCUACAUUGUGGCAGUGGAAGGAGGCUAUGUUGUUUUGAAGGGUGGAGGCAAUGACAAAAUCAUUUAUGAAAAGACCCAAGUUAAAGUAUUUCCCCGAACCAACCUGAUCAGGAUGAUUCUGAAUGUGCAAAACACAUCAAUACAGAUCACAGAUUCCAUGAUUGUCAUUUAUCUCGGAAAUGUCAAGGGUCUCUUCAGCGAGGCCUACAUCGGGGGGGUGCCGACUGCAGUCCGACAAAAAUAUAAUAUUGUUCUUCCGUCAUUAAAAGGAUGUGUCAAUAAUGUCCAGGUAGAUAUCAGCACUAGUUUUACAGAGGAAGUCGGAAUUGUCCCAGGUUGUUCAGAUCCUUUACUGGGUAUCAGAGAAGCCACUUUUAAUUUAGGAGGUAAUCUGACUGCUCCACAUACUGUUAAAGACAAAGACUCGGAAACAAUGAUUUCAUUUGGAUUUAAGACAUUGAAGGAGUUCGGUCAGUUGAUAUACAAUGGUAGAAUGAACAAUCAAUUUAUCCUCUCUUUAGCCAAUGGAUUUGUCGAAAUGACUCACAGUAACAACAUCUUAAGAUCCAAAAACAAAUAUGAAAUUGGAAAAUGGCACUAUGUGACAGCCUACAAAAACAGCUCAGGGAUGCAGUUUCAUGUUGAUAACACAAACAUGGGAGAUACACUGAGACCCUUUGCACCAAUUUUAUUCGACAAAGACGAUGUUAUUUUGGGCUCCUUGGAUGGUUGUUUGAGGAACUUUUACAUACGGAGUCGACAGAGCGACUACAUUCCAGCGGACUUCAGCGCUUUCGUUCAGGAAGGAAACGUAUCUGUAGGGUCCUGUAAAACCGAGGGACCCCUAAUGAACUUCACUAAGAAGAGCGCAAGACAUGCCCAAAUUACAUCGGGCAUAAACCGGGAAUUUAAUAAUAAUAAUGGAUUAUCUAAACAAAGCUGCAGGAACCCAAGAUCUAUAAAACACGCCUACCACAUUGGUUACAACAGCCAGCUGCAGUUUAAAAUAGAUUUAGAGAAACUCAAUGACAGGCCCCAGUUCUCUCUGGAUGUCCGCACCAAAUCAUCUGAUGGACUUUUAUUCCAUAUCACGGGGAAACAGGGUGUACCAGUUGUCAUCUUGUAUCUGACCGAUGGAAAAGUCAAACUUUCUGUUGGGGGAGACAAAAUAAUCUCCUCACACAAGAUCCAUAAUGGCGAUUGGCACAAUAUCAAGUUUGGUUUGAAACGAAAAAGCUUUUAUCUAGCCGUGGAUGGCAUCCCAACACCUGAUGGGCGGCUCUUAAAAGGGUCCAUCCAUGAUCUUCAGUCUCCUGUCUAUGUGGGACAAGGAAAAAUUAAGACCCUCCACAAAACACACGGAAAAGCUCAUCCUCAGAAGAGCGUGAUCGGAUGUAUUCGUGACUUCAGGUUUUCGAAAGUUCUCCUUUCUGAACCAACUGUCAAUCAUGGUGCCGCACCCUGUGUUAAAGGGGUGACAGCUAAGGGGGCAUUUUUUGCUGGAGACGGUGCACAUGUGGUCUUAGAAAAGUAUCUUUUCUCUGGUUCCACCUUCAACCUUGCCUUUGAGUUUUGGCCCAGAAACCAGACUGGCCUUCUCUUCCACAAGAGAGAUCAACAUGGACGCACCCUUACUCUGUUUCUCAAGAGAGGAAAAGUGAUGGUGAAAGUGAAUGAUGGAAGGCGUAACUAUGGGACUACAGUUACUCCAGCUCGACUCUGUGCUGGAUUUCAUUAUGUCACAGUGUCCGUACGACAUAAAACUAUCAAGCUGAGAGUGGGUGAGGUGAACUCACGAGUCAAAGGGCCGACUGUACCCUGGCCUUCAACCAGAGAAACGAUCUACAUCGGUGGAAUUUCUGAGAACAGCCGCAAAGGAGUGGAGGAGCAGAUGUCUUACGUGGGAUGCCUACGAAAUGUACGGCUCAACCAUGUUCCUGUGUCAUUUGAAGAGGUGACGAGUGUAUUCGGCCCCAUAAACACCAACGAAUGUCCGGCAGAAUAGUGGCAGGAUAAAUCAAAUAUCAAUAACUGCUUGUGUGAACGUUGUCUCUUCAAAACAUUAUGAUUAAAUUUAUCAAAUGUUCAUGAAACAGAAAUCAGAGAUUUUAAGCUUAAAACAGUUGGAAUGGUUUGAACAUGCUUACAGAAAAUGUAUGGAUACCGUAUAUAUGAAUAAAAGAGAAUAUGUCUUUUUAAUUUAAAAACACAGUUUUUUUGUCCAAUGCCUUGCUAUGAAAAUUCUUAAUCGAUUGUUAAAAUAUGUAUGAAAAUAUGUAUUCAACAUAAAAUUGACUGGUCUGUUUUAUUCAGUGAAUGUUGAAUUGUACGUUUGACGUCUGGUACAUUUGUACUCGUCCGGCACUGUGGUGUUUGAUGCACCACGCAAGUUCAGAGCAAAAAGAUUGAAACACUCUGCUUGCACAUUCAUCAUUUAUUUAUGCAUUUGCAUUAAUAUGUGAUUAACAUGUCCUUCCUCCGAGUCGGGCAGAACGAUUUCUUUCUUAACUCAUGCACUCACUCUCUUCCUCUAUCUGGCUCAUGUUAUACACGUUUGUAUACAGUAUGUUAUUUUUGUGGGACAAAAAUAGAGAUAGAUGGCUAAAUACAUAUUUUGCAGUCAACAUGUUCAGUAAUAGCACCGGCAGCCAAGAACAUAAUUAAAACUUUACUUGUUUUAGUAGAAAUUUGUUAUUAAUUGUUUCACUGUAUAGCAAUAGUAAUUAAACAAAUUUGAAUUGUCAUGUGUUUAAUAGUGUAGUUUUUAAUUUAACAUGAAUAUUUAUUUAAUAUUUGUUUUUUCAGCUUUGUGUUUUAUUAAUUUGUUACAAAACCACCAUGAAAACUACAGAAUAUCAAAUUAUACAACAUUACAGAGUAUAUACACUUACCUACCCCAAGUAAUAUAUACAAAUAUUUAUUUUUUUAUUUUGGGAGAAAGCCACUGCAGGUCAUCCGUUUUAUUUUAUUUAUUUACAU